ACGGAGGCGCCGGAAGUGGUGAUGUUAUUUUGAAGUAGUUUCUUUAUUUCCAGUCUGUGGUCGAUUCUGCCUCAGACAAGAUGAACGCGCCUCCCGCCUUCGAGUCGUUCCUGCUGUUCGAAGGAGAGAAGAAGAUCAGCAUCAGCAAAGACACGAAGGUUCCCAACGCGUGUCUGUUCACCCUGAACAAAGAGGACCACACACUGGGCAACAUCAUCCGAGCUCAGCUGUUGAAGGAUCCUCAGGUUCUGUUCGCUGGUUAUAAGGUUCCUCAUCCUCUAGAACACAAGAUCGUCAUCAGAGUCCAGACCACACCUGACUACAGUCCACAGGAAGCGUUUACAAACGCCAUCACAGAUCUGAUCAGCGAGCUGUCUCUUCUGGAGGAACGCUUCCGAGUCGCCAUCAAAGAUAAGCAGGAAGGGAUUGAGUGAUGCCGCCCCCCCACAAUGCCAAUACCUGCGUGUUUAUUUUUAUAAAUAAAGUCUGUGAUGUCACAA